AUGGCCAGCGAGUCGCCUCUGCAUCUCCCUCCGCCACACGUCCUCGCGUCACUGUCACCAAUCGCCUCCACCUGUCAUGCACAAGCAGCAGCUGUAGCCAGCGUUGCUGUCGCCGCAACACCCGCCAUUGUAGCUGGCCCUCGUUCCUCCGCAGCCGCGGUUUUCGUUUCUCAGAAAGUUUCUAGCGCGCCUUUUGGGGGAGAUCCCACGUUUAGGAUCCAAAAUCAACGGUCCAUGGAGCCCGCUAGUCCAGAAUCGACGGUAGAUAGUGAAAUUGGUAUCGCAAGAGAUAGCGCUCCUCGAGUAACGUCCUCGUUAACUCGCGACGAUGACGAUCAGGCAGAGGACGGCGGAGAUUUUGUCCGCUACCACAGCGAUCCGCGCCCGAAAAAAUCCGGCAAACUGGGCGGAAUCGGCGGAAUGGGCGGGAUAGGCGGGAUAGGCGGAAUGCGCAUGUCGAAUCUGGGAAAAGCGCUAGGGUUGCGCGAGUCGGCGCGAGAAAAAGCAGAUGCGGGGAGCGAAGGGGGAAGCAGCGGUUCAAGUCACGAGCGACCUGCUGCGCCUUCCGCUCCGCCCGCGCACUUGCGCCCGCACCGCGGAUAUCUCAAGCAGAUGUCCAUGCCCGCGGGGAAGGCCACUACUGAUGCAGCCGCUGCAGCCGCCGUAGCUGCCGCAGCCCCAGCGCGCGGAGCAGAGGGGAGAAGCGGAGGAGCGGGCGGGGGAAAGGGUGGCGGAACGGGGGGAGAGAAAUUGCGGUGGGGGGAGUGGAUGAGCCGUCCGCAGCAUCAGGAUGGGAGAGGGGGAAGCAGGAGCGCCGGGGGAAUGGGCGGGGAUAACGCGGGAGGGGCGAGCACUCGUGUGGGAUGGCUGGAUGCAUCUGGACGGUCGGAUUUCGCGAUUAUUGUGACGAGGACAAGUGGCGCGAUCUGGUUGGAGGAGAUGCACAGGCGCAGGGUGCAUCAUGCGCUGUGCGGGUUUGGGCGGGAAAGGAAGAGCCUUGAGGCCUUUGCAAUGGCGCACCAGCGGAAAGGGGAAGGGGAAAGUAUAGCGGGGGAGGAAAACCAAGGGGGGACUGGGAAAGAGGGUGGAAGGGGGGGUGGAGCGGAAGGGGAAGACAAGGGAUUGGAGGGAAAGGAGGCGAAUAAGAGAGGAACAGAAAGUUCAGCCCGUGCUGCAGCUGCUGCAUUAGCUAUUCCGCCUAAGCUUGUACCUGGUGCGUUAAAGCGUGCUCCGUUAACGAGGAAAGUGAAACGGGGACUGGAAGGGGUUGGGGACGGGGCAGUGUACAGUGGGGUUACUGUAGAAGGUGUGCUUAUAGGGGGGGUUAUGCAAGCGGGUAAUGCUGCCAGUGGCGGUGGUGGGGGUAGAACAGGUUCGAACACGGAUUUGGGGAAAGAGGUUGGGGAAAACAGGGGUGGCGGUAGGGGGGACGAGAACGGGGGAAUUGGCGGAGAGGGGGGAGAAGGGGGCACAAGUAGAGAAGGUGGAGGGGGAGGCAGUGGGGAAGAGGAAGGGGAUAGGGAGGAACGAGGGUCGGAUUUUGCUCUAGAGGAGCAAGGAGAAGACGAGGAGGAGGAGGAGGAAGAAGAGAGCUUAAGAGGAGAUGAAGAAGCGGACGAGGACGAGGAGGGAGGAGCGUUGGCCAGACGGUCAGCAAGCAGUGGCAGCGCUAUGAUCCGAAGGAGGAGGUUACAGGAAGAAGCAAUGGAAGGAGGAGGAAGAGGAGCAGCAGCAGCUGCAGGAACAGCAGCAGGGGGGGGAGGAGCAGCACAGGUGCAGCGGGGAAGCAGCGGGGGAGCAGCAGCAGCGUACGUUCCGCACUGGAGGCGAGCCAGCGGGGGAGGGGACGGGGAGAGAUGGCAGACAGCACGUUAUGAACCGAGCCCAACCGUUUCAAUAGACUGCACCAUGUCUUCCACUGCCUCCUCGCCCCUGGACCCUGCUCUCAUGCAAUCCCCGUACUACCCGCACCAUAUCCUGCCGCACAACCUGCCGCCCCUGCAUGUCCAGCAUCGGCGGCAGCUGUCGUCUCAGACGUUCGCUUUGGGGUUGCAGCCGCAGGGCCCGCGCUCGCCCCUGUUCGCCAUGCCUCGAGAUGCCGGGCUCCCCCCUGCUCCUGCUCCGGCUGCCACGGUUUCUGCUGCUGGUAGCAGUGCUGGUGCUGCUAGUGCUGGUGCUGGGGGUGCUGGUGGUGUUGGUGGUGGUGACAGUGCUGGUUCUGGUGGCAUGGAGGUUCUCUCUUCUGAGCAACAGCUGGUUGGAGAAGCAGCAGGAGCCACAGCGGCAGACUUAGAGGAGGGUGUGGGCGAGGGGGUAGGGCAGGACGAGGAGAAGGCCGGAGAGCAGAGCACAGAGCAGGGUGUGGAGCAGAGCUCAAAAGAGGGCCGGAGGAGAGUGAUGGCCCGGUUCCCUCGCGCCAUGUCCACUCCGGCUGGGAUCGGCAGAUCGCCUCUUGGGGGGAGCAGCCCUCUGUCUGAUGUGGACGAUGGAGAGGGGGAGGACAGGGGGCGUGGGGAGGAGAGUGGGGAGGAGGAAAGUGCGGAGGGGAGUGAGGAGGGGAGUGGGGCGGCAAGUGAGGGGGGAGGAGUGGGGAGUCCUCACAUGAGUGAGUAUGAGGUGGGUGGUUUACAGGAAGCCAUUAUCGAGGGCACCGAGCCUUCGGAAACCAGCCACAACCACCACAGCCAAUCCUCAUCCCCUUUACAACACGACCCAGUUUCCUCACCACGCGCCGAAUUAGCCGCGGCCAUCGCCGCCGCUGCCGAAGCAGCGAACCCGAGCCUGCCGCCGACCCUGGCCUCCCUGGGGAAGAAAGCCGAAGCAACGCUGUCGACCCGAACCUACCGGGACAAGGACGGGAUAGAGUGGCACAAGCGCGGGCCUCUUACCGAAGCUGCUGCUGUGGAGUUCGAUACCGAGCCUAUGGACAUGCCUGCGGUGGUGGAUCGGUAUGGGUUUGUGGCGGAGGAGGGGGAGGGUAGGGAGGGGAAUGGCGGAGGGGAGGAGGGGAGAGGAGUGGUGGGGGUGCAUGGUCCGCAGGCAAGCUUAUUGGAGAAGGAGGAGAGGCUGCUGUACAUCAAGGAGGAGAGGGAGGUGCGCAGGUGGCGCGCCAUGAUUGGUCUAGGGCCCAUGGACUGGAACCUCUACCAGAGGAAACACCCCCGGGAGGUCAAGAAGCGGAUAAGACAAGGCGUGCCGGACUGCCUGCGCGGGAUCGUGUGGCAACUUUUGUCUGGUAGCCGGGAGUUCCUGUUGAUGAAUGAAGGCGCGUAUGAGCACAUGUUACUGUACGAGCUGUCUAUCAACGAGAUGGACAUCAUCCGAGACAUCAACCGCACCUUCCCUUUCCCCCUCCUCUUGCUCCCCUUUUAUCCUCGUUAUUGGCAGCACAUGCUUCUGUACGAGCUAUCCAACAAUGAGAUGGACAUCAUAAGGGACAUCAACCGCACCUUCCCCACGCACGUCUACUUUAUGCAGAAGCACGGCCCGGGGCAGCGGGCGUUGUUCAAUGUGCUCAAGGCCUAUUCGGUCUACGACAAGAAGAUUGGCUACGUGCAGGUGAGAGGAUGA